AUGAGUUUUGGAAAGCUUUACUGGUACCCCAAGGCGCCUCGUGCGACUCAGUGUCUCUACAUCGCCGAGUACAACAAGCUCGAUAUCGAGUUCGUUGAGGCAUGGCCCAUUAAGGUCGACCCUAGCAAGGGUGGUGUUGGUCAGGCAUACUUGGAGAAGUUCCCUCCCGGAAAGGUCCCGGCUCUUGAGCGUCCCGAUGGCUUUACAUUGUUUGAGUGUAUUCCCGUAGCGAUCUAUCUGGCGAAGCAAGACCCCAACACCAAGCUCUUGGGCUCAACACUCGAGGAGGAGGCGACGAUAUUGAAGUGGGCUUCUUUCGCUAACAGCGAGCUCCUGCCCCCCAUCAUGGCGUGGAUCAACCCCGUUAAGGCUAAGGAGCCAGCUACUCCCGAGGUUCUGGCGGCGGCAGAGAAGAACAGCGAGGGUAUGGUCAGCGUUGUGGAGAAGGCUUUGACGGGCAAGAAGUUCCUCGUUGGCGAUCAGCUCACGAUAGCCGACCUUUUCGUGGUGGCAGCUAUUGCCAGAGGAUACCAGUUUGUCUUUGCCAAGAAGUGGACGGAAGCGCACCCCGCCAUCCACGACUGGUACUGGCGAAUCAAGAGCGACGAUAUCUGGAAGAAGAUUGACGGAGAGCCUUACGUUUUGGACGUGGUGGGAGGAAAGCCGAUCUGA